AGUGCCGCAGACCAGAUCAAUUCAAGGUCUCUCGCUCUCAUUUUCACCGUUAGCUCGUUGUCGAAAUAGUCAACGUCUGGCAUAAUAAUCAGACGAUUAAAACAUUAGCUCGUGUGAGUUCGACGAGGAAACAAUCAUGAGCGUUAUCCACCUAUCCGCCGGAUCGGAAAAGCCCGCACCUGUGGAGGGCAAGGCGCGAUUGUACAGCAUGAAAUUUUGCCCUUACUCUCAAAGAGUGAGGCUUGCACUGGGAGUGAAAAAGGUUCCUCAUGAGAUAGUGAAUAUAAAUUUGAAAUCAAAACCUGAAUGGUUUCUCGAGAUAAAUCCCAGCGGAAAAGUCCCAACGUUCGUCGAUGUCGAUGGCAAAGUAAUCGACGAUUCUCUUGCAAUUAUCAAUUAUUUGGACGAACGCUAUCCGGAACCACCGUUGUACAAAGCAGAAACCAAAGCUCGCGAUUUGGAACUGAUUGAGAAAUACAAGGCGGUGACAGACCUUUACAGCGCUUCUGUCCACAAGAAAAUUGACAAGCCGUUCAAGGAGAUAUUCGGUCAAUUUUUAGAUUACUUCAAAGAAUACGACGAAGAACUGGGCAAACGAGGGACUUCUUUAUUCGGAGGAAAUGAACUUAGUAUGUUGGACAUUGCAACAUGGCCAUGGGUUGAGCAAUCGAAAUUGCUUACUCUGAUUUACGAACAGCCGCUAGAAUAUGACAAAAAGGACUUUCCACACUUCAUCAAGUGGGUAGACGAUAUCAGGCUUCAGCAGGUCAUACAGGACAAUUAUACACCAUAUCGCGACGUUGCGAAGUACGUAAUACCUCAACUGAACGGCGAAGAAGUAGAUAUUAACAGCAUCUAAUAUGUCUUCCAAUAAUUCUCUUCGCAGAAGAUAACACGUUACUUGUUUCUUUUCCGUUUCUUUUCUCAACCAAUAUAUCAAUUUUUCGAUACACGUGUUUUUUAUAACUCUCUUAUACCGGUGAAAAUGAAAUGACCAUGACAAUAAAAAGUAAAGGAUAAAAUUUCA